AUGCAUCUGAGCUACGUCCUGUUAAUGGUUGCGGCCACUCUCCUCGCCAGCAACGAGCUUGUGUCGGCGGCUUCUGCUUCUUCAGAGCUCGUCGCCUCGAACGCGAGGGCCUUGAGAAGCCACAAAACCCCGAGCGUGCUCGCUGCUGGCGACGAAGAGAGGGCGGCCGAAGAGCGCGCGGCGGAGGAGAAGAAUCUCGACGCCAAGAUCCUCGCCAAGAUCCUCAGCGACCACGCGUACGCCAAGCAGGUCUUCCGCAGCUGGCUGCAGAACGGUCAGACCAAGGAGGACAUCGAGAACCGACUGGAGACGCAGGGCCUGCUCACCAAGUACGGCAGCGUCGUCACCCAGUACGGCAAAUACCUGGAGGUCCUCGAAGGCAAAGCCGCCUAG